AUGGCUUUCUUCCUACGGCGCCCGUUUGCCGUUCCAACGGCUCUUCGCCAAGCAGCACCCAGAGCUGCGAAUAACGCCCGAUUUAUUCACAACUCACCCCUCAAGCCUCAGUCCAAGCCCGUCGGUUCCGCCUCGCCUUCCAUCUUCGCGAAGUCCAGACAGACCUUCCAGAAUGCCUUCCGUCGCACAUACAUGCAGCCCUCCUACAAUGCCUACGGCGGCAACGUUACUCAAAAGCUGCUCUACGGAGCUGCCAUCGUUGGUGGAACGGUCCUGGCGACGAACUUGGUCUUCAACCGUGAGACCCGAGAGGAUGGCGGCAUGCCUGCGUUUGAACGAAGCUACCUGAACGACACUUUCUUGCACACUGGACUCGGACUUGGUAUAAUUGGUAUUGCUGCUAGAGCUCUGCACAUGAACGGAUGGUCGUACCGUCUGAUGUCGAUGAGCCCUUGGGCCGUCAUUGGUCUCGGCUUGGUUGGCAGCAUUGGAACCAUGUAUGGCACUUUGUACACUUCUCCCGACAACUACCUGAUGAAAUAUGGUCUCUGGGCUGGCUUCAACGUUACUCAGGCUGCGCUUCUCUCGCCCUUGAUGUUCAUGCACCCCGCUCUGCUUGCCCGUGCUGGUCUCUACACCGUCGGAAUGAUGGGCUCGAUCGCUUUCGUCGGUGCUACCGCCAAGCAGGAGAAGUACCUGUACCUCGGCGCUCCCCUUCUCGCUGGUGUUACCCUCGUUGCUCUUUCCGGUCUCGCUCCUCUCGUCAUCCCCGCCACCGCCACCCGCACCCUGAUGUGGUCUGAGAAGAUCUGGCUGUACGGUGGUCUCGCUGUCUUCGGUGGUUUCACUCUCUACGAUGUCCAGAAGAUCUUGCACCAUGCCCGCCUGGCCGAGCGCGGCCUUGUCCGCCGUGACGUCGUCAACGAGAGCAUCAGCCUCGAGUUGGACUUCAUCAACAUCUUCGUCCGUAUGGUCCAGAUCCUGGGCAUGCAGCGCAACAACCGGAAGUAA